AAACUUAACCUUAAACUUAUAAGUUUUGUGACAAAGCUACUUGUACUUACUUACGCUCUUUUAUAUCCAACCCCUCCAGAGUCCCUGGUCUCGCAUUUCCAACUUUCCCACUCCCCGAUUUUUUGUUCUUUUCUCUUUCAGCAGUUCGCAUUUGUUCCGCUGCGGGGACUUUUAUAUCAUACAAUGUACUUGUUUCGCGGUCUAGCAUUGGCGCUGCUCGCAGGCACAGCACCACACCUCGUGAGCGCGUGGCCGACGGCGAUUCUCGAUGCCGCGGCCUCGGAUCCACAGCUGCUGAGGCGCGCAGAGGAGGCGGUGCGCGCGCUCCAGGGAAGACAGGUUGGCGCUGGGGCGGCGACUGCUGUGUUUGAGCCGCUGCGCAUUUUCAACGCUCAGGCGCAGUACGUCGAUGUGAGCGAGGGCAGCGGCCAUGAGUACCGGGCUCCGGGGCCGGGCGACCUGCGAGGGCCUUGUCCUGGGCUAAAUGCGCUGGCGAACCAUAACUUUCUUCCGCGCAAUGGAUAUGCUUCGGUGACGCAGUACGUCGAGGCUACGUCCAAGGUUGUUGGCAUGGCGCCUGGACUCGCCUUGUUCCUGUCGACGCUGGCGGGAGCUAUUGACGGCGACAUUCUCAGCUGGUCCAUGGGCGGCAAGCCGUCGCUGAUGCAGGGCGGACUGACGGGCGUGCUGGCAAACGGGCUGAUCGGGUCGCACAACAAGUACGAGACGGAUGCGUCGCCCACGCGCGCCGAUCUGUUCCAAGGCGGCAACAACUUCAAGCUGGUUACAAGCCAGUUCCAGCAGCUGAUUGAUUACUCGCCGGGCGGCAUCGUCACCAUGGACAGUCUGAUGGCGUUCCGAGCGGUUAGGGUCAACACGCAGAAGAAGACGAAUGCCUACUUUUUCAACGGCCCGUUUACAGGUGUGCUGGUGCAGCCCGCCGCGUAUGCAUUCAUCUUUCGCUUCAUGGCGAACCACACGGCUGAGAAUCCCACGGGCAUACUGACCCACGAAGUGCUGCAGUCGUGGUUUGGCGUCCAGGGCAAGAGUGGAAGUUAUACUGCUGUGCAGGGCGGUGAGCGUAUUCCGGAGAACUGGUACCGUCGUCCGAUAGAAUACGCAUACGACGUGGCGUACUUGGUGGCUGAUGCCCUUGCCGCGGCGAAUCUGCACCCCGAGUUCCUUGAUAUUGGCGGUAACAUCGGCACGCCCAACUCGUUCGUUGCCGUUGACGUAGCAGACUUGACGAGCGGCGUUUUCAACACUGACAACCUUCUCAAGGGCAACAACCUCGGCUGCUUCCUGUACCAGGUCGCUGCCCAGGCUAAGCCUGAUAUCAUUAUCGGCGCCCUCACUUCGCUGACUGAUCUCGUGGGGAACCUAGUUGGUUCUUUGAGUUGUCCCAAAUUGCAGAGUAUUGAUCCGAGCAAGCUUCAACAGUUCCCUGGUUAUACCAGGCAACCAGCGUAUUAGAGUGAACGGAAGGAACAUGGUGCUUGGUUUUAUACGUGUAUAAUAAGGCGAGGAUUUGUGAUUAAUCUACUAUUGUGUAUAAGGUGCAGGUAUGGUACCCCACUGGUGUCUGCUAUUGCGUCGUAAAUUC